AUGCUGGACAUCAAGAUAGAAAAGUAUGACAUUUUUGUUGAGAAGGUGAAGGUAGUGCAGCGGAGAAUCGAACAACUAAACCAGUGGCCUUCAGUCGACUCGAUGGUUAGGUACAAGGAAGCGCGGCUCUCACCACGUUAUCUACUUGUUACCGCAGAGGAGCCCACUGACGGUAUUCUAGAGCCCCUUGAACUUCCGAUGGGGGAGGAAGAUGCGUGUAUGGUCAUAAUGGGACUGAUGCGGGCGCUGCACGCCCUGCACAUGCGUAAAUUAGUCCAUGGGCACCUCCGCCCUGAAGUGUUGCGCCGGCAUAGUGCAUCUGGGCGGAUCGUUCUGCUACAGCAAGUUCUCACCAUAGACUUGUUUGAUCCUUCCAGUGAUGUAGGGCAAGAAGUGUGGCGCUGCUGUGCACCGGAAAUAAUGCGGGCAUCGCCGUUUGAUUACAGCGCCGACAUAUGGGGUCUGGGGGCUGUUUUGCUGCAACUUGUUGCACCGGCAGGGAAGGUGUAUGAAACAGAGGACCUGGUAGAGUUGGACAUCAUCUCACCGGAGGUGUCGUCGUUGAGCUCUUCCGUUGUGAGCUUUGUCAUGCAGUGUCUGCAGGAAGACGCACACGCUCGACCGACAAUAGCGGAACUCAUAAUGCAUCCGUUACUUACUAACAGGGACGGACUUGACAAGAGUUGCACGGAGGAAGAAGAGGAUGAGGAAGAAAGUGAACCAGAAGAGGAGAAAAAAGAGAAUGAUACUGCAGAAGAGGAGGAAGAGACGGAGGAGAGUGAGGAAGCCGAUGAGGAACCGUAG